AAGUGAAAUCAGUGCUUAACCACAGCAGAAUGUCCUCUGUUAGGCUCCAGUCACCGCUCCGGGCAUGCUCAGUAGCCCGGGCAGCUCAGCACCAAGAGUAGGAAGAGGCUUUUGCCCGCCUGGGCGACCGUCAGCGGGCACUUUGAUGAAUCACGUGUGUUGAGGCCUUCUUAAAGAGAUAGGCACCUACUUUUCCUCCACCCUAAACACCGCCCCGAGGGCGGAGGCGGCCGUGGUGAUUGCAGCUGCUUAGGGGCAGGGCUUGCCCCAGCGCCCAGUGGUGGCACCGGCGUGGUUGCGUCGGGGUUGCCUGGGAUUGGGGAGACCCGGGGGCCUGGGAGCGGUGCUUGGCGGGCAACCCUCUCUGUCCGUGGACGCGGGACAUCCGGAACGCUCCGAGGGGCUUUUGCCCUUGAGGAGACUUGGGGUUCCAGGGCGGCAGGUGACAGGGCCAGAGAAAGAUGGAGCAGCUUGGGGCGGCGGCGUCGGGAGCUGGAGGCGGCGGCGACGAACCCGGCGUGGGCCGGAGCAACAAGCGGAGCGCAGGGAACCGGGCGGCCAACGAAGAGGAAACGAAAAACAAACCAAAAUUGAACAUUCAAAUAAAAACUUUGGCAGAUGAUGUGCGUGACCGAAUUACAAGUUUCAGAAAGUCUACCGUCAAAAAAGAUAAACCUCUUAUUCAACAUCCUAUUGAUUCUCAAGCCAUGAUAAGUGAGUUUCCAACGGCUCAGCCAUUAUAUGAUGAACGAUCUCUGAAUUUGUCUGAAAAGGAAGUUCUGGAUCUCUUUGAGAAAAUGAUGGAGGAUAUGAACCUUAAUGAAGAAAAGAAGGCUCCUUUACGAAACAAGGAUUUUACCACCAAGCGUGAGAUGGUUGUCCAGUAUAUUUCUGCUACUGCCAAAUCUAUAGUUGGAAGUAAAGUUACGGUAAGUAGAAAAGAUGUGUUUCACCUUUAGUACUAAAUUUGUGUUUCAGAGAUUUGUGA